AUGCCCCAGGCUCUGGAGCACGCGGACGGCAGCUGGGCCUGGGUGGUACUGCUGGCCUCCCUGGUGACCCAGGCUCUCACCUUGGCCUUCCCUACCUGCAUAGGCGUGUUCUUCACCGACCUGCAGCGAGACUUCCAGGCCAGCAACAGUGAGACCUCCUGGUUCCCCUCCAUCCUGAUGGCUAUGCUCCAUGCUGGGGGACCUCUGUGCGGCAUCCUGGUGGGACGCUUUGGCUGCAGAGUGACCAUGAUGCUGGGUGGGCUGCUGGCCAGCCUGGGCAUGGUGGCCAGCUCCUUCUCCCGUUCCCUCAGCCAGCUGUACCUUACAGCAGGAAUAAUCACAGGCCUGGGCAUGUGCUUCAGCUUCCAGUCAAGCAUCACUAUGCUGGGCUUUUAUUUCGUCCGCCGGCGGGUGCUGGCCAAUGCACUGGCCUCCAUGGGUGUCUCUCUGGGCGUCACCCUCUGGCCACCAUUUGCCAACUACCUCCUGGAAGACCUGGGCUGGAGGGGCACCUUCCUUGUCAUCGGCGGGGUCCUUCUCCACUGCUGUGUCUGUGGAGCCAUCAUGAGGCCCGUGGCCACCAACACAGCCCCUGAGACCACAGCAACUCCCGCUCCACCUUUUAAGACAACUGCCCGUGGCUGCCUGGCAACGUGUGGUUUGAUCAUCCGGCACCACCUGGCCUUUGACAUCCUGUGGCACAACACGGGCUACUGCGUGUAUACACUGGGAGUGACGUGGAUGAGCUUAGGUUUCUUGCUGCCACAUGUCUUCCUGGUCCCAUAUGCCAGGUGGCAUGGGGUAGACGAGGACAGGGCGGCCCUGCUUGUUUCAAUCUUCGGUUUUUGCAACAUCUUCCUGCGGCCCACAGCGGGGCUGGUGGUAGGCCGGAAGAGAUUUGCCAGCUACCGCAAGUACCUAUUCAGCCUGGCAGUGCUGCUCAACGGGCUCACCAACCUGGUGUGCACAGUGUCCGCGGACUUCCGCGUGCUGGUGGGCUACUGCCUGGUGUACAGCUUGUCCAUGUGUGGCAUUGGCAUCCUCAUCUUCCAGGUCCUCAUGGACACUGUCCCCAUGGAUCGGUUCCCCAGCGCCCUGGGCCUCUUCACCAUCCUAAGUGGCAUCGCUUCCCUCAUCUCCCCGCCACUGGCUGGGUUCCUCCUGGACACCAGCAACAACUUCAGCUACGUUUUCUUCAUGUCAAGCUUCUUCCUCAUCUCAGCUGCCCUCUUCAUGGGUGGCAGCUUCUAUACCCUGCAGAAGAAGGAGUGGCGGGGCAGGGAAGCCAAGGCCAAAGGAGCCAUUUCAGAGGCCACUCCAGUAAAGGAUCCAACCCUGGAAGACAAGGACGAUCACAAGAAGCAUCUGUGUUCUGAGGUCAUGUAUGUGACCAGUGUCUGA